UUUCAAGACACUUGUACUUAUAUUUGCUAGAACCCCUAGCCCCUCCAAAUCUUCAAGCUUUAUAUCCUAGUCUCUUUUUCUAUUGGCCUAAUCUCAAAAUUACAAAAAUAGCCUUUUUUUUCUUAUUCAUAUAUAAAUAUUAUUAUUUUAUAUAAAGAUUCUUGGGUAAAUUGCAAAAAUGGCAUUCGAGGAUUUUAAGGUAAGAAGCUAUGAUGGAGAUCUUGAUAGAGCAAGACUUGAACUACUUGAAAGAAGAUGUGAAGUAGGACCAUCACAACAUGUUUUUCUGUUCACUGACACCAUGGGUGACCCCAUUUCAAGAAUCCGCAAUAGUCCAAUGUACAUCAUGCUGGUUGCAGAGUUGAACCAUGAGUUGAUUGGUGCCAUUCAAGGAUCAAUCAAAGUGGUGACGAUGAAAGAUUUGGCCAAGGUGGGCUACAUUUUAGGACUAAGGGUCUCACCACUUCACCGACGUAAAGGCAUCGGUUUAAGCCUUGUGCAGCAUUUAGAGGAAUGGUUUAUUGGGAACCAAGUCGAGUAUGCAUACAUGGCAACCGAGAAAGAUAACAAUGCUUCGGUGAAUCUCUUUGUAAACAAACUCCAUUAUGUCAAAUUCAGAAGGCCUGCGAUCCUCGUUCAUCCUGUGAGAUCCCAACCCCUCAAAAUAUCGUCCAAAAUCGAGAUUUUCAAAAUUAAUGAAGAAAAUGCUGAGUACUUAUAUCGAAGAUAUAUGGGAUUGACAGAGUUUUUCCCUGCGGACAUCGAUAAAAUACUUACAAACAAAUUGAGUUUAGGCACGUGGGUGGCAUGUGACCAAGGUGGGCGCGAUCAGUUUGGGCAAGAUGGUAUAUUUCCCACGAAUUGGGCGAUGCUAAGUGUUUGGGACAGUGGAGGGAUAUUCAAAUUACGAAUAGGGAAAGCCCCGGUUUCGUGUUUGGUGUACUCCAAGGUGUCAAAACUGAUUGAUAAAGUGUUUGCAUGCUUUAACAUGCCAGCUUUGUUGUGCAAUAUGUUUGAGCCAUUUGGGUUCUACUUCUUAUACGGUGUGCACCAUGAGGGUCCGGUGUCCGGGAAUAUGGUCAGGGCUCUUUGUAAGUAUGUGCACAACAUGGCUAGGGUGGAUGUAGAUUGCAAGAUGGUGGUGACCGAGGUGGGGAGUUAUGAUGAAAGGGUGAGACCUCACAUCCCACAUUGGAGGUUACUUUCAUGCUUAGAGGAUUUGUGGUGCAUAAAGGCCUUGAAAAGUGACGAGAGAGAAAGUUUUAAUGAAUUGACAAGAAUCCCACAAACAAAACCUCUUUUUGUAGACCCAAGAGAGGUGUGAAUUAUGUGACUAUGCCAACUAAUUAUUUGUUAUUUGUUCUUAUCUUGUUCGAAAAUUUGAAUGAUUUAUGUACAUAGAAUUCUAUAAUACAAUUUACACUCAUUCAAUA